AUGAGAGGGACAGAGUCGGCGCAUGGACAGCCACCUUGGCCGAGGAUCGUGAUCGUGAGCAGGAGGCAUCUGCGGAAGAACAAGCAGGUUGACUUUGUCGGGGAGUACCACAUCGAUCUGCUUCAGAGGUAUGGAGCUGUUCCCAUCCUCAUUCCCCGAACCCUGGCAACUACCCAGCAACUCGAAGCCUACCUGAUUGGCGGCAUCGACGGAGUUCUGGUAGUGGAGGGAAACGAUCUUGGAGCAGAGUAUAAGCCGUACGGGAGCGAAGUGAGCAUGCCGUCAGACAAGAAGGACGAGCUGCUGAACAAGCACCCGGGGGACAUGGAUAUUGAUAACGCCAAGGACGCGCUGGAGAUGGAGCUAAUCAGGAAGGAGGUCAUCGGUAAGGGAGUGCCGUACCUUGGACUGUGCAGGGGGUCGCAGAUGCUCAACGUUGCCAUGGGUGGUACACUCUACUUCGACGUUGCGACCGAAGUUCAGACCAGCGUCAAGCACAUCGACUACGACAACUACGAUGGGUACCGGCACAAGAUCGACGUCGUGCCCGAGACCCCGCUGGCGGGCUGGUUCGAGGAGCAGUACGAGGCUGCGGGGAGGAAGACGUUUGAGCUGCAGGUCAACAGCUACCACCAUCAGGGCAUCCGGACGCUGGCUGACAAUCUUGAGCCCAUGUGCUUCUGCCAGGACGGGCUGGUGGAGGGAUACUACGACACGACCCAGCACGACCCAGCGCAGGGGAAGUACAGGGUCGGGCUGCAGUGGCAUCCGGAAAGGAUGCUGAGCGACUAUGCCGGGUGCGCCAGGGUGUACCAGCACUUUGUGGAGGCGGCGGCUUCGCAUCGCAGGCUGAUCUUGGAGAGGGAGAAGAAGGUGACGAGGAUGAAGAUAGUAGGACAGGCGGUCGUGCAUGUGAAUCCUGCAAACAAGCAUCAUCAUGUCAGGAGGGACCUGACCCUCAGGACAGACAGCAGGCACGAGUAG